AUGUUUAGAUGCAGGGAUUUUUUUGUUGUUGCUGCAAUAGAGAUGACAAAACGGUAUAACAUGGCUGAUCCAGUGCUCUCACAAUUAGUUAUGUUAAAACCACAAAAUGCCAUUUCCCAUUCUUUUAGAGAAACUUCUCCAACGCUGUUACCCCUAAUAAAAUCGUUGCCUAGAAUAGUAUCUGAUACACAACAAAUGCAAGAAAUUGAUGAUGAAUGGAGAUCACUGCCCAGUGCCCAUUAUAGUCUCAAGUUUGGAGUAUGA